AUGGGUGACGUGGUGACUGCAAACGGUGAUGUGGGGGGGGCGAGAGAAGCAGGGGAAGUGACAACAGCAGACGAGGGUGCGUUCAGUGGUUUCGGUGGCGAUGCGCGCUACUUCAAGAGGCUGGGGGCUCGCAGCAACGCGUCGUGCAGCAGUGCAGACAGCAUAGAGGGGCUUUCCACGGUUCUCCCCGCGGAGCUGCUCAAGGUGUUUGGGCAGCACGGGCGAGAAGCCAUCACCACCGAGCUGGGCUUUAACCUUCUCAGGGUUCUCGUGGGGGAGAGAGAGGUGGUUGAGAAAGGAGCGGCGGAGAAAAACGACGAGUCGGGAGGAGGGGAGGAAGAUACGGAGGGAGAAGAGAAGGAAGGGAAGGGUGAAGGGGAAGAGGAGAAGAGUGAGGAAGUGGAGGAGGAGAAGGGGGAGGGGGGGGAGGGAGGGGGAAGGGAAGGAGGGGUCUGA